AUGAAUGGCCCUGUUUCGGACGGCGUCAUCGUCGAUGACAGCAGCUCCAACUCCGCCUCCUCCUCAGUUGCUGCUGUGAGCUUAAGCCGGUAUGAGUCGCAGAAGCAGCGUGACUGGAGCAGCUUCCUCCAGUACCUGGAGAGGCACCAGCCACCGCUGGCGUUGCCGCAGUGCAGCUCGGCGCACGUGCUGGAGUUCCUGCAGUACUUGGAUCAGUUUGGAAAGACAAAGGUGCACGUGACGGGCUGCCCGUUCUUCGGCCUUCCCUUGCCGCCCGCCCCCUGUCCCUGCCCACUCCGCCAGGCUUGGGGCUCCCUCGACGCCCUCGUCGGCCGCCUCCGCGCCGCCUUCGAGGUGAACGGCGGCCACCGAGACACCAAUCCCUUUGCCGCCCACGCCGUACGCCUCUACCUUCGUGAGGUCCGCAACUUCCAAUCGAAGGCCCGUGGCGUCUGCUAUGAUAAGAAGCGCAAGAAACCACAGCCACCUCCCGCCGGGCACAAAGCAACACUUCCAGCUGAUCACCAAUAG